GGCGCCCGACAGGGCCCGGGGCGCUCCGGAGCAGCAGGUGAUGUCAUGCCCAUUGUUUUGGUGCGCCCAGCCAAUCGGACUCGCCGCCUGGAUUCUACCGGAGCCGGCAUGGGCCCUUCCUCGCACCAGCGGCAGGAGUCCCCGCUCCCGACCAUAACGCAUUGCGCAGGGUGCACCACCGCCUGGUCUCCCUGCAGCUUUAACAGCCCUGACAUGGAAACCCCAUUGCAGUUCCAGCGCGGCUUCUUCCCGGAGCAGCAGCCGCCGCCGCCGCGCUCCGCGCACCUGCACUGCCAGCAGCCGCUGCCGAGCCAGGACAAGCCGUGCGCGCCCUUCGCGCCGCUCCCGCACCCGCACCACCACCCGCACCUGGCGCACCCGCCGCCCGGCAGCGGCGGCAGCAGCCCAUGCCUCCGGCGCAACAGCUGCGCCUCCUCCGGGCCCGCGGCGGCGGCGGCGGCGGCGGCGGCGGCGGGGGCGGGGGAUAACCUGUCCCUGCUGCUCCGCGGCUCCUCGCCCGGCGGCGCCCUGCGGACCCGCACCUCCUCGCCGCUGUCGGGCUCGUCGUGCUGCUGCUGCUGCUCGUCGCGCCGGGGCAGCCAGCUCAACGUGAGCGAGCUGACGCCGUCCAGCCAUGCCAGUGCGCGCCGGCAGCAGCCCGCGCCGCAGCCCGCGCCCGCCGCGCAGUCCCCUCUGUGCCUCCGCCUGCAGCUCGCCGCCAGCCCCACGGGCAGCCUGGGCAGCCUGGGCUCCGGGCCGCCGCUCGCGCACCACCACCACCACCACCACCACCAGCACCCCGCGCCCCACCAGCACCCCGCGCCCCAGGCGCGCCGCGAGAGCAACCCCUUCACCGAAAUAGCCAUGAGCAGCUGCAGGUACAACGGGGGCGUCAUGCGGCCGCUUAGCAACUUGAGCGCGUCCCGCCGGAACCUGCACGAGAUGGACUCGGAGGCGCAGCCCCUGCAGCCCCCCGCUCCCGGCGCCGGCGGCGCGUCCUCCCCGUGCGCCGCGGCCGCCGCCUCGUCGCCGGCGCCCGAGAUCGUGGUGUCCAAGCCCGAGCACAACAACUCCAACAACCUGGCGCUGUACGGGGCGGGCGGCGGCGGCCCCAAGCCCAGCAAGAAGAAGAACCAGAACAUCGGCUACAAGCUGGGCCAUCGGCGCGCCCUGUUCGAGAAGCGCAAGCGGCUCAGCGACUACGCGCUCAUCUUCGGCAUGUUCGGCAUUGUGGUCAUGGUCAUCGAGACCGAGCUGUCCUGGGGCGCCUAUGACAAGGCGUCGCUGUACUCCUUAGCUCUGAAAUGCCUUAUCAGCCUCUCCACCGUCAUCCUGCUCGGUCUGAUCGUCGUGUACCACGCCAGGGAAAUCCAGUUGUUCAUGGUGGACAACGGAGCAGAUGACUGGAGAAUAGCGAUGACUUACGAGCGCAUUUUCUUCAUCUGCUUGGAAAUCCUGGUGUGUGCUAUCCACCCCAUCCCUGGGAACUACACCUUCACGUGGACGGCCCGGCUCGCCUUCUCCUACGCCCCCUCCACCACCACCGCCGACGUGGACAUCAUUCUGUCCAUCCCGAUGUUUCUGAGACUCUACCUGAUUGCCAGAGUCAUGCUUUUGCAUAGCAAACUUUUCACUGACGCGUCGUCCAGAAGCAUUGGGGCCCUCAAUAAGAUAAACUUCAAUACUCGCUUUGUUAUGAAGACGUUGAUGACGAUAUGUCCAGGAACUGUGCUCCUGGUCUUCAGUAUCUCGCUGUGGAUAAUUGCUGCGUGGACGGUCCGUGCUUGUGAGAGGUACCACGACCAACAGGAUGUCACGAGCAACUUCCUGGGAGCCAUGUGGCUGAUCUCCAUCACGUUCCUGUCCAUCGGCUAUGGCGACAUGGUGCCCAACACGUACUGCGGGAAAGGCGUGUGUCUGCUCACGGGGAUCAUGGGUGCUGGCUGCACAGCCCUGGUGGUGGCCGUGGUGGCGAGGAAGCUAGAACUUACCAAAGCAGAGAAGCAUGUGCACAACUUCAUGAUGGACACGCAGCUGACCAAGAGGGUGAAAAACGCAGCUGCCAAUGUACUCAGGGAAACGUGGCUAAUUUACAAAAAUACAAAGCUCGUCAAAAAGAUCGAUCACGCGAAAGUAAGGAAACAUCAACGAAAAUUCCUGCAAGCUAUUCACCAAGCUCGGAAGUAAGUUGUGUGAGCCGCUCCCUUCCGCACCUGCAGAGUUCUCUACCGGCUGCAUGCGCCCGGCGGACCCCUGAUUUGUGGAUUUCAGUAGUUGACUGCUGCUAUGGAAAUGUGAUCCAAAACCAUGAUACUUUCCUGUGAUAAGUGAAGUUCACCAGGAAGAAAUCAGCAUGUUUCUUAUUCUUCUUUCGGGGGGCAACAGUGUAACACACACCAGGGUGGCCCCCAAUCCUGGCUGCUUCCGCCAGCUCCGCUGUGCCACAGGCAGAGGAAGGGGCUGGAGACCCAGGGCUCUCCCAGUGAGGGAGACACAGUGCAGCCAGUGGGCAAGGCACCCGCGGGCUCGGCCUUGCCCAGCCCUGGCUGUGCUCGCCAUCAGCGGAAGGCAUCAGGGCUGGAGCCCCAGACGGCUGUCACUCCUGUGCCACCCGAACUCUGACUUAAAUUGUGAAGCAAACUUUGAUAUGAAUGCCUGUUGUAAGUGGAUAAAAGCAACACCCUGAUCACCCCAAAACAGAGUGGCAGGUCAUCAUGUCACGUGACAGCUGAAAUACUGGCACUGCAUUCCAGCCCAAGGCUGGUGUCUCCACACAGCUGCAAGCCUGCUCCCUCUCCCACUCUCCCUACAGAAGAGCAAAGAGCAGGUGGUAGGUCAAGAGCAGGGGCAAGAUCUGCCCCACGACCCCUUGGCUUUUUCAGUAAUGAACUGGAAGAGAAUUAAAGGGAGCAAUGCCUCUCUCUCUUCCUAGCGUAGUGCCGUCCACACGCCUGUGCCGCUGAGGUCAAUGGGGCCGGGACACGCCCAAGUCCAGCCCACUUUCUUUCACACAAGGAGGUGGAGUUGGCCUGUGUGGCUGGAGCCACGCCUGCCACGCGUGCUUUUUCUGUGUGCCGAGCCACAGGUGUUUAAGGUCUUUUUCUGUUUGUUUUCUAAAAGGCACUUGUCAAGAACUGCAACUCGUGCCAAGUACUCAGAGAAAGCGUUCUCAACAAUACACUGGGUUGAAAUAAAUGUUUGUACAUUUCUUUGAGACUAGAACAUACUCCAUCUCUAUAUAGUUCACGUCAUUCCAAGCGUCCUCAUAAACACAGUCGCAAUGACAAGGUACAACCUUAAACUGUUGCAGCUUGCUGAAGAUCAUGUCAGUUACAUUCUCCCUGGCAGCAGAGCUGCCGCUCCGGUGGGGAGCAGGUUUGGGGACAUACUGCCUCUCCCAGUUUCAGCACAGAAUCCCCGAGCGUGCUGAACAUGUGUGACAAAAUCUCCCUGCCAGGAAAAUCCUGCCCUGUGAGUUUUCGUUCCUUCUCUAUAAGCACCUCUAAUUUAAACUUAAAGAGUAAAAAAUGCUCCCUUUAGCAUUAGACUCCGCUCUGUGCAAUGACUCCUCAUCACGAUAAGGUCAGCAUGGACUUGUUCCUUCUCGUGAGUAGUGCAGAUGGACUACUGCUCUUCUGGAGCAAGGCUGUGAACUGUUGACUUGAUAAACAAACCCCGCCUCUUGUUGGAAAAUCUCAAUUGCUUGGUGCACAGUAAGCGAUGACUAUAUACUUGUUGAAAUACUAAGUUAGGAAUAGCAAGAGCCGCCAUUCAGUUUUGUUUUUACAAAGUGGCCUUCUGACUGUCAGAAAUAGUGACAAAGCAGGUCAAAGUGACCUCACAAAUAGAUAUUCCAUCCAUCAGAUCUUCGGUCUUCUGACUUUUAUCCAAAAUGAAAUCGAAGGGAAGUUCCCAAGGAAGCGGCGUAGCCCUCCUUCCAAUUCAGUGGCCGUUUCAGACCGGAGGGCAGAAAUGACAAUGAAGAAUAAGAGACUGUUUCCAGUGGUCGUGCUGCUGUUGACCCAAAGUGCUGUUUUUGCUAAUAAGAAUCUCACUUAUCACUGUGUUCUCAUCAGACUGAAUCCUAACCCGAUCCAUCUCCGACUACACAGGGCUAACUCCUGUAUCUAGUCACGUAGGCAUAGGAAGGUGCUCAUGGCUCAACUCUCUCGAUGAUCCAGUCGCUUCGCACAUGGCUUCCUAUGUCUAUUGGUCAUGACCCGGGAGCUUGCAGGAAUGCUGUGGCUUCUCUCAUACGGUUAAAGCCUCGUGAGCCUCCGAGCUCCACUUCCCCGGGGACGGGCGUCCACGGACACCUCGCCUCUGCGCUCUCCCUCCCUUUUUGCCGUGUUGGUGGGGAAGCAUGCCUGUCAUCGUAGCAGACACCUAACAGU